AUGGACGAGGAUCUUUAUGAUGAAUUUGGGAACUUGAUAGGAGCAGAAUCGGACAGUUCAGCUUCGGAGGAAGAGGCAUUGGACUUCGAAACCAAAGAUGCAGAGACUUAUGUUUCUGACGAUCCAACAGCCACAGGGAAAAACUCAACAGCGCUUAUAAAUAGAGAAACUUUGGCCACAGCAUUUCCCGAAGAUGUGGAGGUUUUAGUGGAAACAGAAGAUCAACAAUCCAUGGCCACACCGCUGGUUGAGCCCGCUCAGCGACGUGAUGAUCAAACGUCUGUGUACAGCAAAGAAUCAAAAUCUACUCCUAAAGCUGCAUUCAAUCGUGAAUAUUUACAAGCGCUCCUGGAGCUUCCCGAGAGAACAAAAAAUAUCUGCGUUCUGGGACCUCUGCAUUCUGGUAAGACAUCUCUGGUAGACCUUUUGGUGUGGGAGUCGCACGAAAAGAUACCGAACAUCUCAAAAGCGAUCCGGCAAGGCUGGAAACCGCUCAGAUAUAUGGACAACACGAAGCUAGAAAUCAGCCGCGGUCUCAGCUGCAAGCUGAACGGACUCACUUUUCUGGGAAGCGACCUCCAAGAUAAAUCUGUGGCACUGACUGUACUGGAUACCCCCGGACACGUCAACUUCAUGGACGAAGUCGCCGUCGCAAUGUCGGCAUCGGAAGCUUGUCUUGUUGUCAUCGACGUGGUCGAAGGAAUCACAGCAGUGGCUCAAGAAAUCAUCGACCAAGCUCAAAGACUCGCAAAGGACCUGAUCUUCGUAUUAAACAAAAUUGACAGGUUAAUUAUAGAGCUUCAACUGCCGCCCAAGGAUGCAUACUUGAAAAUCGUACAUGUUGUGCGUCAGAUUCAGAAAUAUGCCGGAGGGCUACAUUCUCCAGAACUAGGCAAUGUGCUUCUUGCCUCCGCAAAGUUGGGAUUCACAUUUAGCAUUAAAGAGUUCGUCCUUUAUCACUACCAGAGCCGAAUUGGUGCAGGCAAAGUGCAAGGUUUCAUCGAUAGAUUAUGGGGCAACGUCUAUUUCCAUUCGGGUCAAUUUUCCGACAAACCCAAUCCCAAGGGCUUGACGACAUUUGCAGAAUUCGUCCUUAUACCCUUAUACAAGAUGUUCACCCAGACUUUGUCUAACGAUCCAAAAGAAGUAGCGGCGUUCCUGAAAAGUCACUUCAAUGUCGAAUUGAGCUUAAAGGCUCAACAACUCGAUCCUCAACCCUUGCUUCGGGAAGUACUCAGCCUGAUUUUCCGCAAGCAACGAGGCCUCAUUGACAGCAUCCACCUUUUCAGCCCAAGUGCACAUGUCAUCAACGGCAUGAAGCUGGAUACCCCACGCCUGGCUUGUCCUAAAGAGGCUAUUCUGGCUCACGUUCUAAAGCUCAUGGACUACUGCGGUGAAACUUGGGCACUGACAAGGAUAUAUCAGGGCAGUAUAAAAGUAAAUGAUUCACUGAAGGUGAUUGAUGCCGGAACAGCGAAUGAUGAAGACGCCCCAAGAGCGAAGAUACGAGCGAUAGGACUUAUGGGCGGACGAUACGUCGUACCUGUUCAGAGAGCUUGUGAAGGGCAAGUGGUGUUGAUAAAGGGAGUGGAUGAAAUGUUAACGAAAUCAGGCACACUCGCCAGCUGUGAUGGCGUGUCCUUUCCAGACAUCGAUUACAUUAACGAGCCCACGUUCAAAAUCAUUCUCAAAGCAUUAAAUCCGCGUGAGCUUCCGCUCAUGCUCGAGGGUUUGAACAAAGUCAAUAAAUUCUAUUGUGGAAUGGCAACCUGUGUGGAGGAAACCGGCGAAACGGUAGUAUUGGGGACCGGCGAGCUGUACUUAGACUGUUUGCUUUGUGAUCUUCGGAACAAAUAUGCUAAAGUUGAAAUACAGGUGUCGAACCCGGUUGUCAAAUUUGCUGAAAGCUGUGUGGGCGAGUCGUUUGCGUCGAUCCCCGUUAGUGGAGCUAGUGGCCAGACACUUACCUUGAGUGUUGCUGCUCAGCCUCUCGAACAAAAUCUGGCUAACGAUUUGUUGAAUGGUGUUCUUACGGGAAGGGAAACAAGCAACAUGCGUAAACUUUCCAAACUCUUGCGUGAUAAGUACGAAUGGGACUCGUUGGCAGCGCGAAACGUAUGGAGCUUACAAAAGGGAAAUGUGUUCGUGAACGACACUUUACCAGACGAAGUUGACCCAGAUCUUUUGGCCGGAGUAAAAGAGUACAUUUGCCAAGGAUUUGAAUGGGCAGCCAGAGAGGGCCCGCUAGCAGAAGAGGCGAUUCACGGUGUGCAAUUUAGACUUUUGAGCAUCGUUGCGGAGGACGGAGUGAAACAAGGCCAGCUCAUCGCACUUGCACGCAAAGCCUGCUACGUGGGACUGCUCACUGCGGAGCCUGCACUCCUGGAACCGAUCUACGAGGUCAGUAUAGUGGUCCGGGACCUUUUAGUGGAGAUUGUGGAAGAGAUUUUUGCCAAGAGACGUGGCGGACGGAUUUACAAUCGUGUCAAGAUUCCUGCGACCCCACUAAUGGAGGUAUGGGGCCAGGUCCCAGUGAUCGACUCUGUGGGCUUCGAAACUGACCUGCGACUCGCGACGAACGGUCAGGCGAUGUGCCAGCUGCAUUUUUGCAAGAAAGUGUGGCGAAAGGUGCCGGGCGACGUGAUGAACGAGAACGCGAUAAUUCCAAAGCUGAAACCCGCGCCUUGGGAGAGUAUGAGUCGCGAUUUCGUCAUGAAGAUCCGUCGCAGGAAGGGCCUUUCUUCAGAUGGACAUGUCACUCAAGACGGACCUUCUUUGUCGCGAUACAUUGAUCCUGUCCUAUUUGCGAAGUUGAAAGAAAACCAGCUUGUAUGA